CCAUCCCAGUUAAUCCCAGUUCAUCCCAGUCCCUCCCAGUCCCUCCCAGUCCCUCCCAGUUCAUCCCCAGUCCAUCCCAGUUCAUCCCAGUCCCUCCCAGUCCCCCCCAGUCCCUCCCAGUCCAUCCCAGUCCAUCCCAGUCCAUCCCAGUUCAUCCCAGUUCACUCCCAGUCCCCCCCAGUCCAUCCCAGUUAAUCCCAGUUCAUCCCAGUCCCUCCCAGUCCAUCCCAGUCCAUCCCAGUCCCUCCCAGUUCAUCCCAGUCCAUCCCAGUUCACCCCCAGUUCAUCCCAGUCCAUCCCAGUUCAUCCCAGUCCAUCCCAUUCACCCCCAGUUCAUCCCAGUCCAUCCCAGUCCCUCCCAGUCCCUCCCAGUUCAUCCCAGUCCAUCCCAGUCCCUCCCAGUUCACCCCCAGUCCCUCCCAGUCCCUCCCAGUCCCUCCCAGUUCAUCCCAGUCCAUCCCAGUCCCUCCCAGUUCACCCCCAGUCCCUCCCAGUCCCUCCCAGUUCAUCCCAGUUCAUCCCAGUCCCUCCCAGUUCACCCCCAGUCUCUCCCAGUUCCCUCCCAGUGCUCCCAGUAUCCGCGGGCUGGGGGCGGGGCCAUGGCGGCGCUGCCGCUGCCCCUCCCCCUCCUGCUGCUGGCCGGGGUGGCCGAGGGGACCCCGCGGGGGACAGCGGGGACAGCGCUGGACCUGGGCCGCUGUCGCUUCGCUCUGGGCAUGCAGGACGGGACCAUCCCCGACUUUCGCCUCUCGGCCUCCAGCGCCUGGUCAGACUCCACCGCCGCCCGCCACGGCCGGCUGGGCCGCAGCGACGGCGACGGCGCCUGGUGCCCGGCGGGGCCGGUGUUCCCGGCCGAGCAGGAGUUCCUGGAGGUGGACCUGGGCCGGCUGCACGUGGUGACGCUGGUGGGGACGCAGGGACGCCACGCGGGGGGACACGGCCGCGAGUUCGCCCGGCAGUACCGGCUGCGCUACAGCCGCGACCGGCGCCGCUGGCUGCGCUGGAGGGACCGCUGGGGAGCCGAGGUGAUCGGUGGCAACGAGGACCCCGAGGGGGUGGUGCUCAAGGACCUGUCCCCGGCGCCGGUGGCCCGGGCGCUCCGGGUGUACCCGCGGGCGCCGCGCGCCAUGAGCGUCUGCCUGCGCCUCGAGCUCUACGGCUGCCCCUGGGAGGCCGGGCUCCUGUCCUACACGGCUCCACGGGGACACGUCAUGGCCCUGGACCCCGUCCCCAUCGUCCUCAACGACUCCACCUACGACGGCUUCAGCGCUGGCCCGUUGCACUUCGGGGGGCUGGGCCAGCUCUCGGACGGGGUCCUGGGCCUCGAUGACUUCUUGAGGACCCGCGAGCGCCGCCUGUGGCCGGGCUACGACUACGUGGGGUGGCCGCGGCCACCGGGGCCACAGCCCCACGUGGAGCUGGAGUUCGAGUUCCAGGAGCUCCGGACCUUCCACGCCAUGCAGGUCCACUGCAACAACCUCCACACGCGCGGGGUCGGAGUCUUCCGGGCGGUCGAGUGUCGCUUCAAGAAGAUCUUGGCCACGGCCUGGGAGCCCAUGGUGGCCAGCCACAGCCUGGCCGGGGACAUCAAGGACCCCAGUGCCCGCUCGGUCACCGUCCCCUUGGGCGGGCGCCACGCCCGCUUCAUCCAGUGCCGCUUCUUCUUCGGCGCCGAGUGGAUGCUCUUCAGUGAGGUCUCCUUCAUCUCAGAGGUGCUGGAUGACCCCACGGGUGCCAGCGGGUGGCCCCCGACCCCUGACCCUUCCGCCGCCAUCUUGGAAAAUGCCCACGAUGGGGGCGGAGCCACCAAUGUUACCUCCUCGGUAGCCCCCGGGGAGGCCGAACCGGUCCCGCCGGCGGCCCAGGGCGAGGCGGGGCAGUCGCCGGCGCUGCUGGGCUGCCUGGGCGCCAUCAUCCUCCUCCUGCUCGCCGUCAUCAUCCUCAUCCUGCAGCGCCGCCGCGCGGCCGGGCCGCUGGGCAAGGGCUGCGGGCCGGAGGCGGCGCUGCGGGUGCAGCUCUCGGGGGACACCGUGGUCAUCAACAACGCCACGGGGGGCGGAGGGCGCGGGGGGGGACCCCGCUACGAGCGGAUCGGAACCGGCACCGGCACCGGCACCGGGACCAGAACCGGAUUUGGAACCGGAACCGGGGAGUACCAGGAACCCACCCGGGCACGGCCCCGAACCCCCCCCGGUGCCCCCCGGGGCUGCCAACCCGGCCUAUCGGCUGCUCCUGGCCACCUACGCCCGGCCAAUAGGAGGCCUCGCCAAGGCCCCCGCCCAAUGCUGCCAAGCCAAUCAACACCGACGGUGACCCCGAGGGAGGGGCGGGGGCCUACGCCGAGGCUGACGUCACCGGAGGCUCCGCCUAUGCCCUGGCUGGCCCCGCCCACAGCCCCACCCAUGGCCCCACCCUCCCGUCAUUCCCCCGGCACCGCCUCCGCUUCCGCGAGAAGCUGGGGGAGGGGCAGUUCGGAGAGGUGCUGCUGUGUGAGGUCAUCGCCCCCCACACCCUGGGCCUGGCCCCCGCCCCCUGGCUCAGGCUCCGCCCCCUUGGCCCCAGAGCGCCCCCUGUUGGUUGCGGUCAAGGUGCUGCGGCCGGACGCCCCCAAGAACGCCCGGCGGGAUUUCCUGCAGGAGGCGCGGACGCUGGGCCGGCUGCGGGACCCCAACAUCGUGCGGCUGCUGGGGGUGUGCGCCGGGCCCGGCCCCCUGUGCAUCGUCACCGAGUACAUGGAGCACGGAGACCUGCACCGCUUCCUGGGCGGGCCCCGCGGCCACGCCCUCAGCCUGGCCGCGCUGGUGGGGCUGGGGGCGCAGAUCGCCGCCGGGAUGCGCUUCCUGGCCGCGCGGAACUUCGUGCACCGGGACCUGGCCACGCGGAACUGCCUGGUGGGCCGGGGGCUGCGCGUCAAGGUGGCCGAUUUCGGCAUGAGCCGCCGCCUGCGCGGCGCCGAGUACGGGCGAGUGCGCGGCCGCGCGCUGCUGCCCAUCCGCUGGAUGGCCUGGGAGAGCAUCCUCUGGGGCACGUUCAGCCCGGCCAGCGACGCCUGGGCCUUCGGCGUGACGCUCUGGGAGGUUCUGACGCGCUGCCGGGAGCAGCCAUACGGCGCCCUGAGCGACGAGCAGGUGAUCGCCAACGCCGGCCACCACUUCCACAACCGCGGCCAGCAGCAGUACCUGCCCUGCCCCCCCGGCUGCCCCCCGGCCCUGCACCGGCUCAUGCUGCGCUGCUGGGCCCGCGAGGCGGCCGAGCGGCCGGACUUCGGCCACCUGCACCGGGCCCUGAGUGACCGCUGGGCCCUGGAGUGACCACGGAGUGACCACGGAGUGACCAUGGAGUGACCACGGUCACCUUCAUCAUCAUCAUCAUCACUGACCGCUCACGGAGUGACCACUGAGUGACCACUGAGUGACCGCUGGGCCCUGGAGUGACCACGGAGUGACCACGGAGUGACCACGGUCACCUUCAUCAUCAUCAUCAUCACUGACCGCUCACGGAGUGACCACUGAGUGACCGCUGGGCCCUGGAGUGACCACGGAGUGACCACUGAGUGACCACUGAGUGACCACAGUCACCUUCAUCAUCAUCAUCAUCACUGACCGCUCACGGAGUGACCACUGAGUGACCACUGAGUGACCGCUGGGCGCUGGAGUGACCACGGAAUGACCAUGGAGUGACCACGGUCACCUUCACCAUCAUCAUCAUCACUGACCACGCUCUGAGUGACCACUGAGUGACCACUGAGUGACCAUGGAGUGACCACUGAGUGACCGCUGGGCCCUGGAGUGACCACUGAGUGACCACUGAGUGACCACUGAGUGACCACGGGCAUCUUCC